CACCAAAGUCUGGCUAUCCCACCAUUCCCAAUCACAUUUCUUGCUUACAAGGCUCUCCGCGAAAUCCUCACGAAACCUCCCUAACCCAGUGAACUCUUUAUUUAUUUAUAUCAUUGAAAAAAAUAACCCCUUAUUAUAUUCUGUUUGGCCGUAUAAAUUAGCACCAAACGCCACCUCCACUCUUCAAAUUUCAAAGCCUUUCCUAUGCCUCUCCCUUCGCUUACUGUUGCACCUUCCUCCUAAAUGAUUACUCCCGCUCGGCGUGCAUCGCCGCCGAUUGAGCUCAACAACAACAACAAAAAACACCAUAAAACUCACCGUAGCGCACCACAGCCAAACGCGAUCUCAACGAUGACCAGCUUCUGAAAUUCCAACUUCGCCCUUCAUCUUCGUAUACUUUUUUAUUUCCGGUGAGGUGAGUUCCAUGCCUAGUCCCAAGAGCAGCCGCAGCGGCCAGAUCGAGAGUCACCGGAGGGGAAGGUCGUCGUCUUUCCACGGCCAGGGCGUCAUGUCCGUCUCUCAGCUCCGCCGUCCGAAGACCGUUUCCGACCUUCCGUCAAUCAGAAGCCUCGCCGGAACGGCGACGGCGACUUUGCCGGAGGGCUUGCCUAGACAUCCGUCGAAGAUGCUGCUGAAGGUGACGAUGCUGAGAAGCCUCGCGCCCGUGCAGAUGCUGAUGACGCCGGAAUCCACCGUCCGCGACCUCAUAGCGGCGGCGGUGCGGCAGUACGUGAAGGAAGGUCGCCGUCCUAUCUUGCCGGCCAUUGAAGCCUCCGAUUUCGACCUCCAUUAUUCACAAUUUAGCCUAGAAAGUUUGGAUAGGAAGGAGAAGCUGCUAGAGCUUGGAUCUAGGAACUUUUUUCUGUGUCCGAGAAAGGCUGCCACGACAGUGGAAGGUAGCGUAACGACGUCGUUUGCGUCUUGUGCGAAAGAGGCAAAGAAAGAGAGACAGGGAUGUGGUGGUGGUGGUGGUGGUUUUGCUUGGUUCAAACUAAUGCAAUUCAUGAUGUGAUUGGUUGGUUACUUGGUUAGUUAUUGUUUGUUUGUUUGUUUGUUUCAAUUGAAAUGUCUUUUUUAUUUGUCCAGAACCAGAAUGAAUGGCCGGUUACUUGUAAAAAAUGAUAGGUUGCCUGGCUUGGCAAGUAGGUACAGGGUUUGAGAUUUGUGUGCAAGCAAAGCAAAAUUGUAAAAUUGCAUGUAUGAUUUUUCAACACAUACAUUGUAAUGUUAAAAGCUUUACAUUGCAAAAUUGUAAAUAUUAUAUGUAUAAUCUUAUAUUGCUUUCCUGUGUCGCGAGAAACACGAUGGACGGCUUCGGUUUGUCUGUUCCAGUUUCUUAAUGUAAGAAAAUUAGUAUAUUUGAAUAAAUUGAAAAUUAUU